AUGUUACCUAAUCAACGACCCUCCCAGUCACCCCGUCAACAAGAUGAUAGAAUUUGUGACAAAUAUUUAAAACUUUGUGAAAAGUCAUCUUUACUUUUCAGUCAACUAUAUGAAACAAGCUUUUUAGGAGAAGGAUGGAGACCAUUAUAUCAAAGAACAUUUACAACAUUUGCUAAGUUAUGGAAAUUACAACAAACGUGCCGUAGUAUUUUAGAAAAUGGUAAAGUACAUUUUAAGAGAUAUGAUGUAGGAGAAAUUGCUGCUAAAAUUGCUCAAUUAUAUUAUCAUUAUUAUCUUCGUACUUCAGAAACUCAAUUUCUAAAUGAGGCAUUAACAUAUUAUCAAGAAAUUAAAAGACAUAAUUAUUAUAAAGAGGAUUCAAGUAUUCAACGAUCUUUUGUUCUUCAAAGAACUUUAAGGUUCCAUGCACGUUUCUUAUUAGUUUGUUUAUUAACUGAUAAAUUAAAAAUGGGAGAAAAUGUAUUAAGUGAUUUUGCUUUAACAUCAGCUCAAUUAGCAACAGAAACAUUAAUUCAUCCAAACCUUCAAAAUCACCAACUAUUAGCUGAAGAAAUGAAAUACAUAGUAAUGAAUAUUGUUAAUUUCUUAGUUCCUACAAGAGAAGGAAGGGUAUCUUAUUCUGCUUUAUCACGUAUUAAUCCACAACUUGUUUUUAAUACAAAACCAAAAACAAAUAAUAGAAAUGGACUUAAAAUGUUUUCAGCUAUUUUAUUAGAUAAUAAACCUAAUAGUUAUUCAUUUAGUGAAUUAUCUAUUUCUUUAUUAAGAAUGAUGUAUGCAUUAGAAUUUAAUUAUCAACUUAUGGCUCCAGAACAAUUAAAUGAAUGGAAAAAUCCAAGAAAACAUUUAUUAAGAAAUGUCAGUAUCCCAAAACAUUAA